AUGACUCCUAGCGAGGAUGAUGCAGAAUUCUCAGUCAUUUACCUGACGAUUUCACAGGCUGGAAGACUAGGUCGGAGGUCUCAAUCGUUGGCGUUCGUCAUCAGAUACACAGAGCUCUCCGGCAGUGACCUUCCCGACAUUGAUGUCAUCACGAUAGCUCAGAUGAUGACGGUGAACCAGUACUAUGAUUUGGGAGUGGCUCUUGGUUUCACCAUACAACAGUUGGAUGUUAUAGAGUAUAGGAGGUUCUGUAACAGAGAGCAGGCCAUCUACGACAUGCUGGUAACAUGGAGAAAGAGACAGAUCUCCGGCCAAGAAGCGAAGGAAACGUUUCUCUCGCUCAUGAAAUCUUUGGUCUCGCCAGCCGAACAGACAGAGAUUUCAGAUGACUCUCUUGAAGAACUCUACAAAACGAUGUGCUCCGUAUCAGACUUGCUUCAGCUUGCCCCACGCCUGCACUUUGGUGCUUCUGACAUCAUGCGUGCCAUGUGUAAGACCGUCACCCUGCCCCCGUACGUAGUACAUCCGGUUGUUCUACACAUGCUCAGAGAAUGGCUAAGGAGAGGAGGAACGCGAGGGAGACUCUUGGAGAUUGUCCAAGCUUUCCGUUUCAACGAUGCGGCAGAAAGCAUAGCUGCAACCAUCAAAGUUGAUCCAGGCUUCGUGGAGUUCUUCUCGAACAGCGUCCUGGAUCACAGAGGUGGGGUAGUGGAGCUGCGUGAGCUCGAUAUCCGGGUUGCAAUCCCUUCCGGGGCGUUAAACAGGGGAAUGAGAUCUGUGGUCACCAUUAGGGUACCUAGAGAGGGCGCUGCUCGGAUUCCUCUCAGGGACGGUGAGGUGUUGAUCACUCCAGUCGUGGACUGUUCUCUAACUCAGGAACUGCUCGAACCUGCUACAGUAGUGCUUCCACAUUGCGUCGGUCCUAAGCAAUGCAGAGAUGGCUCAGGGAUGAUCCUGUACACCAAAACAGGACUAGGAACGUUCAGUCGCAGGAGGUUGCUUCCUAAUUCAUCAGAAGGUUUCCACGUCUCCAAAGACACGGUUGUUUUCCCUACAAACCAUCUUCAGCUCUUUGCCUUGUCUUCCACCAACGUCCAAGGAGUUCAGUUCAGAUGUGUAACCUUCCAGCCUCUCUUCAUGCCCUGUUCCCGGAAAGUCACACUACGGGUUUACGUCACUCACCCCUAUAGGAGACCUAUAAAGGCAUGA